GAUGCUGUGUAAACAAAAAUUUAGCACAAUAACCAUGGCGGACUUCAAUCCGUUCUUCGAAGACGAGGUCGGGGGAAUUGAGGACAGCAUCGUUGCCGCAGUCGAAGAAGAAAAACCAAGACCGACCUCCAAAUCUGAAGAUUCCCCUAAAACAGUAGGGCCCAAAGAAGAACUGAGUUACGACUCCAUUGCGGUGAAAUUAUUGAAAGACAACCUCUGGCUCUCGGCGUUGGAAUUGCAUACGGAGCUCACUGAAAAUGGUCGGCAACUGCCCCGCCUCCGGGAUUACUUCUCCAACCCGGGGAACUUUGAGAAACAGUCGACAGACGCCCGCGGUGGGUCGCCGCAAGUCGGAAAUUUGUACCGAACAUCGAGCGAGACGACCUUUGAUUCCCUGGACCUAGCCCGCUAUUCAGAUGAUGGCAACAACCAGGUAGAUGAGAGAUUGACAGUGCUGGAGUUUGAGCUGCGGAAGGCCAGGGAAACCAUCAAAUCACUCAGGGCUAACCUCACUGAAGCUGCAGAGAGUGACAUUCCCUCACCUGUGCAUUCCAACACAGAUAUGGAAGGGGCUGUAGCAGAGGAGGCCACAAAGCCUCUUGAGAGAAGAGCAGUCAACUUCCUGGUUAAUGAGUACCUCAUGAACAAUAGCUACAAGCUCACCUCCAUCACAUUCGCAGAUGAAAAUGAAGAUCAGGACUUUGAUGACUGGGAUGAUGUUGGUCUGAACACGCCCCAUCCGCCAGACCUCCUCCACCUCUACCGAGACUUCAGCCGUCACGUGAUCGUGAAGCCCGAGACGAAGGACGUGGGAUGCGGGGAGGAUACCAUCGAUGAGGAGGAUGAGGAGGAGGAGCAGCCGGAAGCGGUGGAGGCGGACCUCAAUAUGAGCAUCGAGCAACAGAGACAGCAUUAUGAAGCUGAAAUGGAAAAUCUAGAGAGGCAAGUGUUUCAACUCAGAGGAGAGAAAGCUGAACUUGGUAUGGUUGUGGAGAAAAUGGAAAGAGAAAUCCAGUCCCUAAGAGCCCCCAAACAGUCGACGCCCAUGGUCAGCCCCAUCACAUCGCCCAUGAAGGACCCCGCCCUGCAUCCCGACCACAGAGGAGAGAGGCGGGAGCCCAUCGGCCAGGAGAUGACCCAAGACACGCCCCCUUCAUCCACGUCGUCCAAUCAGGUGGAAGCGCUGAGGGACAUACAGCCUGAGGAGGAUGGGAGGGAGGAGGAAGGGGACGAGGUGGAUGGGGUGGAUGAUAUCGAUGGGGUCGUCAACGGGGAUGUGAGGGGUGGGGAAGGACAGGAGGAGUUCAGAGAGGUCGAAGGUCAGACGGAGGAGAAGAUGGUGGAUGGUUACCUGACAAGGAGGAAAAACGUUUCUGAGGCAUUCCAGAGGGCCUUACUUGGGACCAUUGUGCAUCCUGUCGAGACCACAGAGACUAGACUCCUAGAAGAGGUUUCUCACAUAGCAUCAUCGGGUCAAGAGGUCGUAGAGAUGCUCGCAAGGUGUCUACCACAUAUCAUCCCUAAUGUACUACUCGCGAAGAGAGAGGAACUUGUCCCUUUAAUCCUCUGCACUGCCAGCUCACAUCCAGAGGCCAGAGAAAGAGACCAGCUUUUAAAUCUUCUCUUCAAUCUCAUCAAAAAGCCAGAUGAAGACCAAAGGCAAAUUAUUCUGAGUGGCUGCGUGGCAUUUGCCAAACACGUAGGACCCACCAAGGCCGAGUCAGAGCUGCUUCCACAGUGCUGGGAGCAGAUAACACACAAGUACCCGGAGAGGAGACUGCUUGUGGCCGAGUCGUGUGGAGCGUUGUCCCCGUACUUGCCAAAAGAAAUCUGUAGUUCCCUAGUACUCUCCAUGCUGCAACAGAUGCUAGAGGACCGAGCGGAGGAGAUACGAGGGUCGGCCGUUAAGAGCCUAGGUCUCGUCUUCUCUCUCAUAGACGAUACAGACAAAUACAACCAAGGCUUAGACCUGUUACUCAAGGCCCUGGGUGACAGCUCAGAUAGUGUAGUCAAUGCAACUCAACAAGUCUUUCUCUCAGCCUUCGCUGGCUGGGCUCAGGAUCUGGACAGACUGGAAACCAACCUCAUCUCAACUGUACUUAAACGCCUGGAAGUCACUGCCAUUGAUCUUCAAAGGCCUAAGCCAGAUCUCCUGCAGGGAGAGCGCCUGAUAGAGCACUACGCUCACACGUUACAGUGCCUGGUUCCUGCCUUAUACGCCAACAUCCUGAAGACAGGACCAUUCAAGGAGCAGAUGCAGAAUGGAGUGGAAGAGGACAAUGAAGAAGUGGAAAUUGAAGUCACAAGAUUCCCUAAGCCUCUGUGUGCCCUUCAUAACCUGACUGUCAUCAUGGGUGACAAGAGGCGACUCUUAAAACUCAUGAAGGCAUUCGAUGCUUUCACCAUUCAAGAAGGAGAAACAGAAUCGUGGCCCAGUUACAACUGGCUCACAAAUGAUUACAUUCCAAGGCUAUUAGAAGUUGUUGGGCGGUUAGAUGCUUCCCAUACCAACUGUGUAAGAGCGCUCACCAAACUCUUUGUUCAUAUCUGCAAGACUUUUGGACCGGCAUUCACAGAUACCAAGGUUACACCAAAAUUUCAAGCAGUACUAAAUGUCCCCAAAGAACAAUACCAUACCCUUGUCCGCUCAGGCCAGAGCGCGAUAGCCAAGGCCACGCUACCGGUGUUUCUCUGCGGAGUCUUGGGCAGCCAUUAUCGAGAGGAUGAUCGUCACCAGAUCUCACAUUACCUCCAGGAAGCCAUCGUGAUCCUGGGUCAGUGCCAGGCCCCACAGGAUAGCAUCCAUCUAGCUUUCAAUGAUCUACAUGCUAACCCUACGUACCAUGAGCUCCUGCUUGCCGCCCUCUGGAGCUGCGUGGUCCACACAUCUUCCUCCGUCCGUAUCGUCACAGCCCGGCUCUUUGAGCUGCUUGCCAAGGGCAUCAACGAGUCACUGGUCUCAUCCAGAGUGGUACCUGCUCUCAUCACUCUCUCAGGAGACUCGGAUGUUUCUGUCCGGGUAGCCACCAUCCCUGCCUUUGGUACCAUCCUGGAGAACACCAACCAGAAGGAGACGUUGGACCGGGUCUACACCCAGUUCCAGACCUUCCUCGACGACACCAACUACACGCAGGAGCAUGCCCUCAUGGUUCAGGUCAUUCAUACGUUGGGCAAGAUCGGACCCAACUCAGAGCCAAAAUUCAGGGAUGAGUUCAUUCUACCUCGCCUAGCAGCUAUGGCCUACACCAACAGUCACUCCACCAACGAUGCUAACAGGGCAGAGGUUGCGAUGGCCCUCUUUGAAGCGUACAGUGCAAUCUCAUGCUGCUUCCUGUCUGUAGAUCUAAUUCGAGACGCCAUGCUCCCAGGACUCAGAUGCUUGAGAAAAGACAUGGAGACAGUACUUCCAGAACAUGAGGGUGUGGUUUCUUCGAUGAUCAAAGAUUUCGAGUCUAAAAUCCAAGGAAAAGAGAGAUUCCUUGGUACUUCUGAGAUAAAUCGUACUCAUAGUGAGGACACAUCAACCAGGAGCAGCGAUCCUUUCUACCAGCCCUAUAUGGUCAGCGUCAACCCCAACGACAGCAAGGCGUCGGCCGGUAACAAGACGGCGCCCGCAAGGACCAUGAUGGGUGGAAUAUGGGGAAAAUGGGGAAAGUGAAAAAUGGGAGUUGUGUUCAGUGAAGCAUCGUCCAGAACGAUCGUAGACAGUGUCAAGUUCGGUGCUGCUCACCGACAGAAGCAAGAGAGUGCCACUCUGGGCCAUGGUGGGUUGCAUAUUCUAGCGGAGGAAAGGACACAGGAGAUGUUCUGUUGCAAUAUCGUCUGGAACGAUUGUAGAUAUGGUCCAGUUUGGUCUAGUUCACCAGUAAUAACUAGACAGCACCCCCACAGGACCAUAGUGAGUAGCAUGUUGUCCUGGAGCAAAUAAGGGGUUCUAUAAUGAUGCUACAUUCAGAACAAUGUUAAAUACAGUUAAACCUGUCUACAGUUACUGCCCUAGGGAAAUACAAAAAGUGGUCUUUGUAGACAGGUUCCUUUAUUCAGUUUGACCUUGUCCUGCAUUUGUAACAAGUCGGUGCCCUCAAAAACUUUGAUGGGGGACUAUGUUCUCUUGGAGGAAGCCAGAGAAAUUCUGUAGGUGAUUUGUCUGGAAAGAUUCUAGGUUUAUCAUCAAGAUUGUUCCUGCUCAUCAUCAAAGAAGACAGUGCCCCCUAUGACGAUUUAUCUCUCUUGGAGGAAAUGAGAGAUUCGUACACUGUCUUGAAGAAUCAGAGAAAUCAAGUUUGGUCCUGCCCACCACCAAUACGACAGUGGCUCCUGGCACCAUGAUUCUGUGGACAAAGUGAGAGAUUUUGGUGUCAUCUGGGGGGUGUUUCACAAAACUUGUCGUCAGUGACAAAUGACAGUUUUUGUUAUAAGCUACUAAAAUCCUUGCUUCUGAUUGGUUAUCAGCAGAUUUGUCACUGAUUUUAGUCAUUUGUCAUUGAAAAAAGGUUUUGUGAAACGGGUCCAUGGAAGGAUUGAAGAUAUCAUCAAGGUUGAACCUGACAGACACCAAUGCCAACUCCUAGGAUCGUGAUGGGGAAACAUAUUCUCCUUGAAAAAGUGAGAGAGGUAAGCUGCAGGAAGUAUGAAAUAAGGUGUGCUUCCUUCAUUAAAAGAUUGUCAUGGUAUUCCAAUGGGCGCAUUCAAAAUUUAAAGAUUACAAGCACUCCAGCAAAAAUAGAUGCAAAUAACAUAUUUUGGGAUACAUGCUGUUGAAUUGUGUGACUUAAUCCUAAAUCCACAGAAGCCCUUCUAUUGAACUAGUCAAUGCCUUAUUGGUUGAGAUGGACAGUUAAAAGUGUUUUUUGCCAAACUUUGCGGAAGCAACCCACUGAAUUUAGUAAGGUAAAUUGUACGUACCGGUAUAGGCCUAGAUUUUAGUCAAACUUGUCCUCUCAUUCACAUAUAUAUGCGAUGCAUUUUUGAAACGUUUAAAAGAAUGGCAACUAGGUAUAAAAAAGAUCCUACAUUUAUGCACCGAACG